UGUCAUCAGAAGCGUCAUCGAUGUUGAGUUUCUUCUGAGACCAACGCACAAUCGCACCCACACGCAUAGAGAGAGUCAAGGAGAGAGAGAGAGAGAGAGAGAGAGAGGGAAUUAGGAAUUAGGGUUUUUGUUCAUGAAUUCAUAGUUUGAGGCGGAAACCCAUUGCCCUGCAAUUCUCUCGACAGCUUAUUCUCUCUCUCUCUCUCGCAAUCCAAUGGUGGAUCACUCGGACUCUUCGCCUCUCGUCCCUCCGUCGCCGAUCGCCGAGCCCGGCGAGAUCGACCUCGAGGCCGGCCCGGGCGAACAAAUUCAAUGCAGAAUUUGCCUCGAAACUGAUGGUAGGGAUUUUAUAGCUCCUUGCAAGUGCAAAGGAACUUCAAAGUAUGUACACCGGGAAUGUUUGGAUCAUUGGCGAGCUGUAAGGGAAGGGUUUGCUUUUGCUCAUUGCACAACCUGCAAGGCCCCUUACCAUUUGAGAGUUCAUGUUGCUGCUGAUAGGAAAUGGCGAACCUUGAAAUUUCGAUUCUUUGUGACAAGAGAUAUUAUAUUUAUAUUUCUGGCCGUUCAGCUUGUGAUUGCUUCACUGGCAUAUUUGGUGUAUUUUAUAGAUGGUUUCAAGCAAUUCUGGCUUCGUCAGGCGUGGGGUUUCGAUAGUGAGUUUAGUUUCUAUUACAUAUGUGGAGCUCUAUUGUUUUUUGCGCUGCUUGGGCUGUCUGGGUGCUUUAUUACUUGUUAUGAUCGACGAGUGCGCAAUGAUUUGGCUCAGCCUUGUCGAGAAUUAUGCCUUUGUUGCUGUCAACCUGGUGUGUGUGCAGACUGUCACUUACCUGGUACUCUCUGUAUGUGGACUGACUGUACCACAUGCUUUGAAAGUUGUGCUGGUAUGGCAACUGAAUGUGGUUGCUUAGGAGGUGCUGGUGAAGCAGGGCUACCAUUAUUAUUUAUAAUGGCUUUGAUUGUUCUGGGACUUUUUACUGUGAUUGGGAUAUUCUACAGCGUGUUGGUGGCUACAAUGGUUGGACAGCGAAUCUGGCAACGGCAUUAUCACAUACUUGCGAAAAGGAUGCUAACAAAGGAAUAUGUGGUUGAGGACGUUGAUGGCGAGAUGACAGGAUCUGAUUGGUCUCCCCCGCCUCUUCCCCCGGAGCAUGUUCAACAGCUGAAAACACUUGGCCUCUUAUGAAUUCAAAGGGAGUAAAAAAUGGGCGAAAGUUUUUAGCAGUUAUUAAGAAGAGCUCCAGGGCACUCUUCAUUUGGUCAUAUAUGUAUAAUUGUGAAUGAUAAUUUGUGAAAAAACGUUUCUGAAAUUCUUACUAUUACUUCCCCUUCAGUAAGUGUAAGAAACAAACCAGGUAUAAAAAUUACCUCCAAUAACUAACAACAGGCAUAUUAGUGAUACUUUCAUUUCA